CCCAUCGUUAAUCGAUAUCGAGGUGAGGUGGUUAAAUAUUGUAUCGUGUUGUAUUUACGGGGAGUUUUCGCACAAAACCGAGGGGCAAACGCCUGGUCUCAAGCAAUCCUGACCGCACACAACCGCAUCCGCAAUGGACAUCGACUGGCAGAACAGCCUCACCGAGCUGAAGGACCGGGGCCAGUACCUGCUGCACUCGGAGAAGUGGGCCGACUGCCGCUUCCUGGUGGGAUCGGGUUCCUCGCCGAGCCAGCGGCUCAUCGCCGGCCACAAGCUGCUGCUGGCGAUGGCCUCGCCGGUCUUCGAGCGGAUGUUCUACGGCAAUCUGCCGGACAAGACCGAUCCCAUCGUCAUCCCGGACGUGCAGCCGGAGGCAUUCGAGGCGAUGCUGGAGUACAUCUACACGGACCGCAUCACCAUCGGAUCCUUCGACAAGGCCUGCGAGCUGUGCUACGUCGCCAAGAAGUACAUGCUGCCCCACGUGGUCACCCGCUGCACCCACUUCCUCUGGGCGGACCUUAGUCCGAAGAACGCCUGCCGGGCGUACGAGUUCGCCAAGCUCUUCGAUGAGCCGCGCCUCAUGCAGAGCAGCAUGGACCUGAUCGCGGCCAAUACGCGCGAGGUGCUGUCUGAUCCCAGCUUCCUGGACAUCGAGGUCUCCACCCUGAUGGCCAUACUCGAUCAGAACCGCCUGAAUAUCGACUCUGAGCUGGAUCUGUUCAACUGCCUGCUGAAGUUCGCCAGCGAGCGGGGCAUCCUCAACGAAUCCGGGCAGGAGGAGAGCGCCGCCGGCGGGCAGGUUGGGCAGCCGACCAAGGAGUCGCCCGACACCACCGCCGGCCAUGUGCUGGUUGAGGAGAUCAAGAUGGAGCCCGAUGUGGCGGCCAUGGUGCAGCACAUGCACCAGGACGACGAGGGUGACAGCUUCGAGACGGACGCCGGCAUGGCCUCCACUUCCUCAGCGGCUUCUGCUGCUGCUGCUCCCGCGGCUGCCUCGCCGCCUCUGGACGUGGCCUCGGGCUCCGACGAUCUGGUGAUUAUCGACAGCGAUGCCUCCGCCGAUGCUGCCGCCAAUAUGAUCAACAUCAUGGACGCCCAACGUACCAUUCUGGACGGAGCCAUGCUCCGGCAGGCGGUGAAAAAGAUACGCUUCCUUACCAUGACACCGCAACAGUUUGCCGAGGGUCCGGCUCGUUCCAAGCUGCUGCAGCAGCACGAGGCCCUCUCCAUCCUGAUCAAGAUCUCGAGUCCAUCGCUUAACGACUGCCACAUGCCCGAAGGCUUCUGUGUGUCGCGCAGCACGCGCAACUUCUACGAGUCGGGCCACCGACACGCCCAGCGGGAGCUGUCCUCCUCGUACCGCACUGGAGCUGCUGCCCCGGGCGGCGUCGGCUUCCUGGGACCGGGUCCGUCAGUCCGCGGCGCAGGUCCUGGCUGUGGCGGCGGCGGAAUGAUGGGCGUUAUGCCGCGUUUCGGAUCUAUCACCGCGGGAUUCAGCUUUGUAGGCGAGGACCUGGGUAUGCGCCCCCCCGAACCAGUGGGCGUGCAACCCGAUGCCGCGCCAGCUCCCGCCCCGCUGCGCUUCGGCGAGGGCUACGAGGGCGGGGCAGCUGUUCCGGCGCCAGCCAACGAGGACGAGAGCGGCGAACGAGGAGGACCGGCGCCCGCUGGGGGAGCACCAGCUGGUGGAGCUGGAUCCGCUGCUGGCAAUUCGCACAACGACAUGGUUCGCGCAUACUGCAUGCGCUCCCUAACCCGACAGUUUGACUUCCGCAACACCAGCGUUACGGACGCUGGCGUGACCUUCCAAGUGGACACGAACAUCUGGAUCCUGGGCGUCCAGGUGCCAACGCGAGUGCUGUGCGGCGAGCUGAUGACGUCGGCCGGCUUCACGGAGCGCUACACCGAGGUGCUGUACGCCCACAUCCAGGACAUGCACGGCUCAAGGAUCACGUACACCCACUGCACGGCGCGAGUGCGCUACGACUCGCUGCUGGACAUCACCUUCGACCGACCCGUGUACAUCUACAGGAAUCAGAUCUACAAGAUCUAUGUGGUGUUUAACAAGACCGGCUGGUAUCCCAUGUACUCCUGUGUGCCCGACGCCAACUGCAAUCGCGUCAAGUUCAUGUUCAAUGUGGGCAAUCCCACGGAAUCCGUUCGCGACGGCCUCAUCUACGCAAUCAUCUUCUCCACGCCCCAGGACCAUGGCCGUCACCUGGUCGACUGAAUCCGGAGCAAUAAUUAGUUAAGAUGGUUUAUUUUUUGUAUUUUCGAUGUGAUAGGCUUCGGUGGGCGUCUUUGGCCAUGGGAAUUAAUGGAUCUGUAAGCUGAAUUAUUUCCCAUUUCAUAUUUACAAGGUGGGAACUAAUUCUGCAUUGUUUUAUACAUCACUUAAAAUAUUUUUGUAGAUUGUUUGUGUUCCUUAUCUAAAUUCAUUAUUAGUAUUAUUUAAUUGCAAUAACAUUUAAAUACAUAUUCUUUACAAGUUUA